AUGCCAAGAAAUUGCCAUAUAUGGCAAUAUCUGGUCGAAGAUUCACCGCUGCCACCCUCAAUGAAGCACUCGGAAGCCCUCGUCGUGAGGCACUCGGAAGCCAUCGUCGCGAGGCACUCAGAAGCCCUCGUCGUGAGGCACUCAGAAGCCCUCAUCACGAGGCACUCAAAAGCCCUCGUCGUCGAGGCCAAAGACCGGUGCUAG